AUGACAUUAGAUGAAGUGUUGAAAUUCACGUACUGGUGGUGCCGUGAUAUGAAACAAAAUGAAAUACGUCAUGAACUUAACAUUGCUUCUAAUACAGCAGUAGACUGGGACUCGUUCUGUCGCGAAACAUGCGAAGUAACUCUUAUUGAGCGAGAAGAGCAGAUCGGUGGUCCUGGGAAAACUGUUCAGAUUGACGAAAGCAAGUUUGGCAAGAGGAAAUAUCAUUGUGGUCAUCGUGUUGAAGGACAAUGGGUGUUUGGUGGCAUUGAAGAAGAAUCUCGAAGAAGCUUUAUGGUAGCAGUUGACAAAAGAGACGAAGCAACGCUUUUACCUUUAAUUAAGAAACAUGUUGCUAAAGAAACCACCAUAGUUUCUGACUGCUGGAAAGCGUAUUCGAAACUUGAAAUAAACGGUUAUCAGCACCGUUUAGUGAAUCAUUCAAAAGAGUUUGUGAACGAAGAUGGUUUUCAUACAAACAAAAUAGAGGGUCAUUGGAGACAAGCAAAAAGCAAACUACCAUGUUUUGGUGUGCGAAAGCUUGCAUUCUCAUCUUACCUGGCAGAAUUUCUUUGGAGAUAUGAAAAUAAGGGUAAAGACUUGUUUUCUAUAUUUCUUAAUGAUAUUAAAAAAAUAUAUGGUGACUUUUAG